AAGUUGUUGUGUUUGAGAAGAUGCAAAAGACUUCUAAACACCAUGAUUUUACUGAGCUGAGUUCUGUAAUGCAUACAAGUGAAAAAAGCGUAUCUUCUGGUACAGAAAUAUCUGUGGAAUCUAAGGAUCAGGAAUUCAUGCCAGAAAAUCUGGAACUGUAUUUGGAAAGUGAUCAGUUUAUAUCACCUCAAAAUACAUCACAUGAGGAAACACUUUCAAAAGACGUCAUAGACACAUUGAUAAAGGAAGUAAAAGAGCAAGCCCAUGAACAAGAGCUAUAUACAGAGGAAUCUAUUGAUUACAGUUCUUCCAGUCCUACAUCAAAGGCAAUGCAAGGAGACCACGAUAUCAAUGAGAAGGAUCAAUGCAUUGCUAAUAUAUCAAGCAAAAAUUUUCAAGAUCGAUCAACCCUAGCAGAGACAAGCAUAUCAUAUUUACAAAGCAUGAGUGAUGAAUUCCAAAGUGGGUCUAAGAUAAAACAACUUGACUUUGGGGAGAUAAACGAAGAAAACCUGCAAGAGACAAUUUGUGAGCCCCAAGAAAUGUCCACAGUUGAAAAAGAGCAAGCAUUCAGAAGUUCUGAUUCAGAAAGCAAAGAUAUUUUGAUCCUUGAGGGAAAAAUUACUAGCUUUGGUGAGGAAGAAAAGAGAGAAAUCUAUUGUGGUGAAGAAUUGGUAGGAAAAGUAGAAACAGAUACCCUUGAAUUUGUAUUCGAUUUAAAACAAAAGUUUCCUGUCAGCGAUACUGUGGAUAAGAAUGUUCAAGAUCAAGUUGAAAGUCAGCAAUCCACAAAUUUCUGUACAAUUUCAAAUGCUCUUGAUAGCUUUCCGGAAGAUUCAAAUAAAGAACAUUUUGAUAAAGAACAGAACAGAUUUGAAUCAGAGGAAAUACGUGUCAAAGAACAGUAUUUUGUUUCUGAUAUCAUAGAGGCUGACACAAGCAAGAUAAUAGAAGGGGUACAAAUCACAUCACCUCUAAGAAAAAACACACAUUCUAGUCAAGGUAUUUAUGAUGAAAAUGAACUCAGUAAAAAAGUGAAUUAUGGGCAAGAAAAUAUACUGUGCCAAGAGAUGAGGGAAUUUGGUUUACGGCAAGCUUCCUCAGAUACUGAAACUGUGGUUGAAAAACAGGAGGAAAUCAUUGUCAAAGAUUUUGAAGAUUUUGAAGGAACAGGUGUGAGUAUAGAUAAAACAAAAGGAAAUGCAGAGGCAGAAACAUCAGUUGAAACAGAAGAAGUAUAUUAUAAUCAGGACAUUUGCAAAGAGAGAGAGCCAAUAGAGGAAACUAUAUUUGAUUUAAAACAAACAUCCGCACAUAUUGCCAAUGAUAAUCAAGCACAGGAAGAUAUAACUGCCAAAGAUUUAUAUUCUGAUUCUGAAGAAGUGAAAGCAGAUGCAGAGAAGGCUACAGAAAUGGCACAGAAAACCCCAUUGUUUCCAGAACAAGAAAUGGUUUCCAGUCAAAUAUUUUCCCCAAACAGUGAACCAAUGAAGGCAGAAUAUAAUAUUAAGGAUCUAGAGGAAGAACUAUUGUUAAAACAAGCUAAAUCUAUUGUUGAAAAUAUAAUUCAGGAGCAAAUUAGUCUCCACAAAGAGCAAAUGCAUGUAAAAGACCAACAUUCUACUCCUGUUUAUUCAGAUCUGGAAAUUAUUGGUGGAAAACAUGUUAUAUGUGAAUAUUCGGUUGCUGAAGGCACAGAAGCAGACAUCACAGAGAAAGGAGAGAAAAGCAUGUCAUUUUUGGAAGAAAAAGUAUAUUCUGAUCCAGACAUUUCCAAAGUUAUUGAAACUAUGAAGGAAGAAAGUGAAGAACAUCAGUGUUCAUCAUUACCCCAGGAAAACAAUAUUUUUGAAUUAAAGCAAUCUUAUUCGAGUGCAGAUAAUAAUAAUCAGCCACAAGAGGAAAUGCAGCCAGAGGAAAUAUAUUUCAAACACCUCUAUUCUGCUCAUGAAGGGAUUCAGGGUGAUUUACAGAAUAUCACAGAAAUUGCGCAAAAUAAGACAGAAAUUUUUACUCAAAAAGAUUCACGCUCUUUGGAAACAAUACUAGAAAAAGAAAAUGUAGAGGAACAUGAAUCCCCAGAAACUGAAGAAAUCAGUUUUAAAUUAGCUUUUCUGAAUAUAGACAAACAACAAGAAGAACAGCAGUCACAGGAGGCUGUACCACUGAAAUUUCUACAUUUUGCUUCUGAAGGAAUGGAAGCCUUUCAAGGACAGCAACAACAGACUACAACUCAGGAGAUUUCUAAUGUCAGCGAAGUCCUAAAUGAAAUCAGUGGCCACAAAGAAGGUACUUCGUUCCAAGAAAAGGAACAACAAGAACAGAUACUUGAUUUAAAAGAGCAAGCUGCUUCUUUAUCACAAGAGUUGUUGAAAGAGACUGAAACAGCACAAAAGAAAGAUGUGUAUUCCUUUAAUCUGAAGGCUGUUUUUGAGAUGGAGGGUACAGAAACAGAGAGUUUCAUAAAACUCCUACGGGAUGCACAUGUAUUCGAAGAAGGAACUUCUCUUAUUGAAGAACUUCGUCGGAGCUAUAAGGUAAGAAUGGAAGGAAGGGAUUCCCCAGAACAGAAGUUGCAAACAGAAGCAGAGCUGUCAGUAACAGAGAUGCUGAAGAAGGCCUUGGAAAGCGCUGGCUUUCCCACUGAGGAAAAACCAGUUUCAAAGGAGUGUGACGAACGUAAGGGAAAGAUUUCUGAAGAGGAAGUGCUUAAGAUGCCAGAUGAAGCCUUUAUAUGGGGACAGGCAGAACCUGCCCCUGUCAGUCAGUAUUUUCAAAACCUAGUGAAAGAAAUUGGUAUGUCUGGGCAUUCACCAGAGAGUAUGGUUCCAGAAACAGAUAAUUUCAUAUCUGAUUUGAAAAAAGCUGCACAUGAAAAAGUAUAUCCCGGUGAGCACAAGACAGAAGAAAAAGCAGAUCUUAUUGAACACACCUUUAGUAAAGGAGAGAGGAGCUCUUUAUCUGAGAGAAGAAAUACCAACAAUUCUUUAGAAACCCAAAUAACAACUGAGGAAGAACAUGCUACUUUUCAGGGGACAUUCGACAAGGAACUCUCUUUUGCUCAAUACCUCCUUGCUUUAAAAAAUGAAUCAACGGCAGGCCAUGAAGGACAAAAUGGAAACUUAAGCAGUCUCACAGAGCAAGAACAUAGUGCAAAACAUCAUUUUGAAGAAGAAAAACAAUAUGACGAUACUAAAUUUGUAAAUUCUUCUCUAGGAAACUUGACUGAAAGGGCUCUUGCAGAACCUGUUGUUCAGACUCAAGAGCCACCUGUCCCUCCAAAUGAGGAAGCAGAUUUUUCUCUUACAAAGUAUUUGCUUGCAGCUGGAGAACAGGAGACUCCAGAUGUCAAAGACUCCAAGAGUCUGAAACAGGAGGGUUCUAUCACUUCCUUGGAGGUGGAAGAUGUAACAUUUAGCACUGUUUAUGAUUAUUACAACCAACAGCAAGAACUGACCCGCCCUUUUUCACCUGAGUCAGAAAUGUCUAUUGAUGUUGAUAGCACUAGCGGAGAUGAACUGGUAGAAUCUGAGAGAUUUUACACACCACCAUCAUCUGUGGAGAAUUUUGAAUCUCCUAUGUCUUUUGAUUCUUAUCAUACACCAAUUGGCAGCCCAGAGCGCUACUCCACACCUUCAGAGGAGCUCAAUUCAAGGAUGUCUCCAUCAGAUCUAGUAAGAGGGGGUACACCACCAGAACGUUAUCAAACACCCACUUGCUCUUCUUUACAAGAAAGGAGCCCAUCUAUUGAUGAGCUGCGUGCUGAAAUGUUUGGCACACCUUGUGAAGCAUUGGAGCCAAAGGGAAAUGAAAUGCCCCCAGCAUUUAUUAAACCACUGACUAAAAGGAAGAUCUAUGAGAAUAGCACAUUGCGUUUUAUUGCAGAAGUCAUAGGUACUCCCAUACCCGAUGUGAAGUGGUACAAAAACAAGUCAUUGAUUGAACAAGAUCAAAGAGUCAGAGUACAAAAAGAGGGUGAUAUAUGUAUCUUGGAAAUUUGUAACAUUAAAAAAACAGAAGGAGGAGAAUAUAUAUGCCAUGCAGUAAAUAUCGUAGGAGAAGCCAAAAAUAUCACACAAGUUGAAGUGUUGCCCCAUGAUGGGAGAGCUUUAGCUCUCCCUCCUCCAGUAACUCAUCAACAUGUCAUAGAGUUUGAUAUAGAACCAGGCACCACAUCACGAACACCUUCUCCUCAGGAAAUACUCUUGGAAGUAGAGUUGGAUGAAAAUGACAUUAAGGAAUGUGAGAAGCAAGUGAAAAUAGUUACUGUUCCUGAACUUGCUUCUGAUAACCAGAGUAUGAUUGUAUCUCUUGAUGUUCUCCCUUUAUCGCUGGUGGAUCGCACAAUGGCUUUAUCUGGCAAAGAAAACGAAGAUGUGAAAAUUGAUUUUGAAGUCACUGAGAUGCCCCCGCGUUUCACCACUCCUGUUUUUGAUGUCAAAGUUCCAGAGAAAUCUGAGGCAUUGUUUCAGUGCAAAGUCACAGGCUGUCCUAUUCCAGUAGUCCAGUGGUUUAAGGAGAAUAAAUGUAUUACUCCAGAUGUUUGGAAGUAUGCUGUUAAUAGUGAGAAUGGAAGUCAUAGUCUUAAAAUUCAGAAUGUAGAGCACUCUGACAGCGGCAUAUAUUUGUGUAAGGCUGUAAAUACUGUUGGAGAAGCUAUAUGCAGAAGCUCCUUAGUUGUAACAGAGAGCAAGAGGGCUCCUGCGGGGGCAAGCGGUGGAGAGGAAACAGAUGCAGAUCUAGGUAGCGAAAGACCUCAAAAGAUUGAUUUGCUUGUUGAUAACACUAUUCAAGAUGGCAACCAGACUGAAAUAGAACUGGAGUUUGAGUUUGAACGUGAUAGUGAUGAUUCUCAGAAAGCUGUUAGGUUGGUGGCUGUAACAGAACAGGACCAGGAGGUAGAGGGAGAAUCUUGUGUGAACAUUAAUUUUGAUGUAUUUGCUGAGCCAUCCAAAGAAGAGCAGAUUGAAUUUAAAGGCGAGAGUACAGACAGCUGCAGUUUUGAAUUCCAGGUCACGGAAGCGCCUCCAAAGUUUAUGAAACGUAUUUCUGAUUGUGCUUCUUUCAUGGGUAGCUCUGCUGGUUUCCAGUGCCUAGUUGUUGGCUCUCCAAAACCAACUAUCAGUUGGCUCAGGAAUGGUGCAAUGAUUCAUGGAGGGAGAUACUGCAUGGAGGAAAGCCAGGCAGGAUGUCACAGUCUGACGAUAAGGAAUUUAGUACUGGAUGAUGAAGGGGAAUACAAAUGUAUAGCAACAAACAAAGCAGGGACUGCCCAUAGUGUUGCUUUGUUAACAGUCUGUUAAAUUCUCUAGUUGAAAACCAUGUUUUUUAACAUAACGGGGUGGCAGAUUUUAUACUGUUUGAAAACAUCCAUGCAACUAAACUAUGUAGCAUUCUUUUCAGAUGCUUCUUGAACUUUGAAGCAAUCUUAUUGGUGGGAUUCUCUGGCUCAUACCAAUGAACCACAAUCUUGAAAGAUAUAUAGUGGUGCUUAGAUUUUAUUCAGGGCUGCAAAAGCAGCUAAAGUGAGUUCCGUUGAUACUCAAGCCUUUUGCAUCCUUGUAAUGAUGAUAUCUUCAUCACCCACCAUCUUCUUUGACAAUGUGUAAAUAUUGUGUUAUCUAAAGGUGCAUAAGAGUUCUUGAAAUAUCUGAUAGCUCCUUUUUGUAACUGACUAAUUUGGAAUUGUAUGUAAUUUGCAAUACUGUAUUUUCAGUACAGUCCCAUGAAAGAACUCAGAUGAGGAUUUCUCCCUCACAAUGUUGUAUCAGAACAGGACAUUUUCUCUUGAAGAACUCCUGAAUCUUUAUGCUAUUUCUCUCUUGACAAAAUCCGCUAAAGUAACUGAGAGCCAAGCUACAAGAGACAAAUAACACUUGA